AUGGCAAAGAAAGUCAUGUACCCAUUGGAGCCUUGCAUCGAGUUUCAUCGAAAAGACAAGGUCGACACAUUUUACUUUGACCUGAUGACUUAUGAUGCCACAUACCUGCACGCUGUGGCUUUCUCAUGCCAGGCUUUCUUCAACAAAGCAUCGCCUAGAGAGACUGCAGAGAUGGCUCAACGAGGUAUUGUGCAUCAUUCAGAAGCAUUGAAACAACUUCGAGAGAGACUCUCCAACGAAGGAGAACAGAUCAAGUUCUCUGAUUCCACAGUCCUUGUCAUCUUGUCCUUAGCAAUGCAUGCUCAUCUUUCUAGCGAUUAUGAUACUGCAAAGCAUCACAUGGAGGGUUUGCGUAAGAUUGUCGAUCUGAGAGGCGGUUUAGGUGGGUUCAGCUAUAACACAAAGCUUAUCAUGGAAAUAUUGAAGUGCGACCUAGGGAUUGCCUUGUUUAAUAACACAGAGCCAUUCUUCUUCAAAGAUCCAUCUUCAGAACCCAUGAUCCCUUAUGAACUGGUUUCUGGUACCGCUGAAUCGCCGGAUAUACCUGACACUGAAUCCUUGAUCCCCGAGUGGAAUAUCGAUGCAGAUCUCCGACAUACUUGUGAUGUGAUGAGAGAAUUUUGCUCAACAAUAAACUCCGCAACAAAACGGAAUCGCCGUCUCCCAAAAGAAAUCUUGCUAAAUGCCAUGGCUUCAGUCAUGUACCGUCUGCUUGGCAUGAAAGACUUUGAUCCAAAUUCUCCAAAUGAAGCUAUCCGCCUUGGUCUGCUCGCCUUUUCAUCACAUACAUUCCUUCUUUAUAAGAAUAUGAAGCCUCCACAGAUAAGCUUCCCUCAGAAGUAUGGGGAAUGUCUGCAAACCAUCGAGUUCUCGACAAUUCCGGCGCUGACGGGUUUAUGGUUGCUUACCGUUGGGGCGAUCUCAGUGUUCACCCCGACUGAUAACUCUUGGCUUAUGCCUUUGUUGCGAGACCAAAUGAAGCGCUGCCGAAUUUCCGAGUGGGAGGACAUGCGCGAUCAUCUGAAACGGUUCCUGUGGAUUGACAUGUUGCACGACAAGCCUGGGCAAAAAGUAUUCAGCACUGCAUGGGCCCUAAGCUGCGAGAUCGAUUAG